CUGCAUGUUGACAUGCUUCUGCUAACUAUUAUGGCUUCAAAUGAAACAAAUGCGAUUUGGGAAAUACUUAAACCUAUUGAUUUUGAGGAGCUCAUCCUGGCGUUCUGCUUGUCGAUAUUAAUUGGUCUGCUCAUCGGGAUCUUGAUUUUCCUCCUCCUUACAUGGAUGUCAAGACGGAGCGCUUCUGUCAGGAUCACCAGACGUCAAACCCCGUCGCCAGAAUCUAAAGGCUCACGUAAUCAGCACUGCCACCUCAGACACUACAAGAGUCACGGCUUCGACAAGAACAGUGAAUCUGCUGGAAGAGCGGUUUUGUCCCUCCACAGACAGACCUCUGUAGACCCCAAUGAGCUGCUGGGUAGAAGCCCUAGCUUUCAGAACUCCACUUUUCGGCCGCCACCAAAGAAGACUAAGAAGAACAGUGAUGAAACAGAGGAUAACCAAGCUGCAUUACUUCCUAACAUCACAGAUCCAUUUAGUGCAGAACCAGCAGAGUCCUUCUGGCUGGGGAAGGGCAGUCUAAGAGGUUUCCUACCCAGACAGACUCCACCACCUGCUUAUGACAGUGUCAUUCACAUCUUUCAAGAGUCCUGUACCUGACUGCACUGUGAUAAGAGACAAAGGAUUGUACAUAAAUCUCAAAACACGGAUAAAACGUGACAAAAGUGAAAAAAAAAUAAACGAAAGGCUUGUUCUGAUUUGACAGGGAUCCUGAUUCAGCACUCAUUUGCAAUACUUUCAUGGGUAACACUUUACAAUAAGGUGCCAUUAGUUUGUGUUUAUGCAUUA